UGUUAAGAAUCAAGCAACAGAAGAUAACGAGUUGCCGAAACCCGUUGACGCAAGGAUACUGAUGGAUUCUGUUUAGACUUACCUUAUGUCUUCUCUACCCUCUAUAUAUGGUGUCCUACUCCUCGUUUUAGUGGCCCUACUCUAUCUUGAAUUAUUGUUCUCCAAACUACUACAGCCUAUGGUUCGUGUUUUUCGCGAACACGUUAUCGCAGAGUCCUGCUCCGAAGAGGUCCAAGCAGUAGCUACAAAAAUUUCGAUUAUGGCAACACUGAUUCAAAUUGAUGAAGAUCGCGUCCGUUUAUCUGCUGCAGGGUUGUUCAAUGUUGGAAUGUUUCUGAUUCCUGGGUUGACAGGUGCCACAGUUACAUACAUGGUCAUCCUUCUUCAAAGUUAGAACAGAUCACAGAAAAAGGAUUCCGACUAUAAUGACAGGAGAUGAAAUUAAAUGAACUGUGCUAUUCUAAUAGCUUAGAAAAUACCUGAUGGUCGUUUUGUCAAGGGUGGUAUAAUAACAGUGAGUGAGUCGACAUACAAAAAAAAUGAAAAAAUGAAAAAAAAAUAUAGCUAAUAAUAAAUCGCGAUGGCAUUUUUUUCUA